CAUCUAUUUGUUUUGGAAGAAGCUAAGCUUUCGUGGCAGACAACGGGAGAUCAACGUCCUGGCAACAUCUGUUGUCUCAAGCAGCCCGUGGCACCAGAGGGGUCUGCAAUCUUCAACACUACAAAGGCCAUUCGGGUCGAUUUAUUACUUACUAAAACCCAGCAGGAGCCACAAGAAAUAUGACCGAAGCACAGACCACGGAUCAGCACGCCGGUAAACAACAAAACGGAGAUGCCAUGGCCGAAUCCUCGACUGCGGAUGAUGUUUUUGACAGCACGUAUAUACAGAAAAAGGGGAAGCCGCCUAUGGUGUUUGUGUGGAGAAACAUCAUCCUGAUGUGUCUUUUGCAUCUUGGUGCACUUUAUGGACUGGUUCUCGUCCCUUCCGCAUCGCCUUUAACACUUGCAUGGAGUGGUGUGUGCUAUUUCCUCAGUGCUCUAGGUGUGACCGCUGGUGCUCACAGAUUAUGGAGCCAUAAAACCUACAAGGCUUCUUUUCCCCUCAGAGUCUUCCUGGCUCUUUCCAACUCCAUGGCGUUUCAGAAUGACAUUUUUGAGUGGGCGAGGGACCACCGUGUCCAUCAUAAGUACUCUGAAACCGAUGCAGACCCCCAUAAUGCCACGCGGGGGUUCUUCUUCUCCCACAUUGGGUGGCUCCUGGUCCGGAAGCAUCCUGAUGUCAUCGAGAAGGGAAAGAAACUGGAGCUUUCAGACCUGAAGGCAGACAGCGUGGUGAUGUUCCAGAGACAGCACUACAAGCUCUCUGUGGUCUUGCUUUGCUUCCUCGUUCCCAUGUUGGUGCCUUGGUAUUUCUGGGGAGAAUCCUUGGUUGUGGGGUACUUUGUCCCUGGGCUCCUGAGGUACGCCUUGGUUCUCAACGCCACCUGGCUGGUCAACAGCGCAGCACACAUGUGGGGCAACCGGCCGUACGACAAGACCAUUAACCCCAGGGAAAACAUCUUUGUUGCUCUCAGUGCUAUUGGCGAAGGCUUUCACAACUACCAUCACACGUUUCCCUUUGACUACGCCACAAGCGAGUUCGGCUGCAAGCUCAACCUCACCACUGCCUUCAUAGACCUCAUGUGUUUCUUGGGUUUGGCCACAGACUGCAAGAGUGUGUCGAAGGAGAUGAUCACUGCUCGCGUGAAGCGCACCGGCGACAGCAGCUACAAAAGUGGCUGAGUCAGACCGCUUGACUUGAAACGCCGAUGCAACGUGCCGAAGAAAGUAGCAGCAGGUAUAGCAGCAUUUCAGUGGUUGGGUGGCGAUUGCCAUGCUUGUGGUUAUUAGUUUAGACCUCCCUGUCAGAUUCAUGUCAGCUUUGAAGACUUUUCAUAUACAUAGUAGGUCUCUCUUGUUAGGUCUCUAAGAUUUGAAGUGUCCUCACCGACCUUUUGUAACAGGUGGAGACUUUGAGUAAACGUGCAGUUUCUAUCAAUAUCAAGCAAACAUGAGAUGAAGUUGCAUUAUUUUGUUGAAACCUUUUCCCGUGGGCACUGUGCAAAAAGCAGUAAUUCCAAAUUAAUUUCUGUUAGAUGUAUUUAUUGAUUUGCUAUUUAUGAUCGAUCUUUGACACUUUAAAAGCUUUUCUGAAAAGUGUGUGAUUUUUCUCUGCAGACAAAAUCAAACUGUAUUCUUCUGUUAGUUGUGCUUUGUGUUAUCCCAGAAGAAGAAGUGUGCUCUUAUCCUUAUUAAGCAAAGUUUGUUUGUUUGUUUGUUUGUUUUUGGUCAUCUUUUAGUUCUGCUUUGUUCAAGGGUGACACCAAAACAAUUAGAUUCAUUCCGGUAUAACCAUAAGUCUAAAUAAAUAGUGUUCAGAUAUGUUAAAUACUUUGGAUGAUAACAUUAAUCCUCCUUUUCUCAGAGCUUCAACAUCACAUUUCUCACCUAUUGGAUGGAUUAAAUAUUUACACUCAUUUUGUUGUCUUUUAAAAAAUAUAUUACUUUACCUGCCCCCCUCCAAAAAAAGGCCCUGAUUUGUGUGCAUAUAUCCUUUGUGAUGUGUGAAAUUAUGCUGCAAUGUUUGGCCAAAAUGCCUUUUGAGAGCUGCACAUGUUUCAACUUUGAGGUGCAAAAUAAAACACUUUAAACACUUUAACUAAACAGACUUGAAGUCCUUGAAAUCCCAGUUUAUUUUGGAAGAAGAAAGGUGCAUGAAACGGGUAGAUGUUUAACUUUUCUGGAACUGAAAAGUUUGCCUAAAAGCAAGAAUAAAACUUUUAUUUUGUGUUUCAACAAUACUUUGUGCUCAUCUGUCACUAAACCUUUUACAAAGCAGCACUUUUCUACAGUGUUUAAAUUGCAAAACUUUUCCUCUUUCCUUAAAAAAAGAAUUUUUUGUACGUAUUGUAUCCUAAAUAAUGCAAAUUUUUACAUGUGACAAAUUAUAUUUCUUGUAAGUCUCAUUAUUGUCAGGAGCUAUUUACAUCUGAAAUGCAGUCUAAUCAUGUCUACUGCAAAGAUUCCUAAUAAAUAUUUAUGUCAAUUAAAUGGUUUAUGAACUGAAA